AUGGCUGACCCUCCACGCACACCGUUCUCAUUUCAUUCAACGAAAACCGUUCGGGACCCCAAGUCGAUUGGGCUAUGGACAGUAGGGAGGACGAUUGGGAAGGGUGCCUCAGGUCGCGUUAGGAUUGCGCGUCAUGCAAAGACAGGCCAAUACGCAGCAAUCAAAAUCAUCUCAAAGAGCACCCUUCCGCCCAUGAUGUCCCAAGUUUCCCUGAACCGCCUGGCAGACGUCACAGAGCAUGUUCAGCUCUCUGUAGAGCGAGAGAUCGUUGUUAUGAAACUCAUCAACCACCCCAACAUCAUGAAGCUCUACGACGUUUGGGAAACGUCCACGGAUCUCUACCUAGUCUUGGAAUACGUUCAGGGUGGCGAACUGUUCGACUACCUCUGUUCCAAGGGACGACUGCCGGUCCACGAGGCCCUCUUAUACUUCCAGCAAAUCAUAUCCGCAGUCGACUAUUGCCAUCGUUUUAAUAUUGCGCAUCGGGACUUAAAACCGGAGAACAUCCUGCUCGACGAGAACUCGAACAUUAAGAUUGCGGAUUUUGGUAUGGCAGCAUGGCAGAGCAACCCAGACGCCGAAACACUUCGCACGUCUUGCGGGAGUCCACACUACGCCGCCCCGGAGAUCAUCAACGGCCAGCCAUACAACGGUGCAGCCGCCGAUAUCUGGUCCUGCGGCAUCAUCCUUCACGCUCUGUUGGUCGGCAAACUCCCAUUCGACGACGACGAUUGUCCCGCCCUUCUCGAAAAGAUUCUACGCGCCAAGUUCACCAUGCCCACGGAUAUCCCGGCUUCCGCGCAGAACCUAUUGGGCCGCAUGUUGGAGAAGGAUGUCAAGAAGAGGAUCACCAUGGCCGAGAUCAUGGAACAUCCUUUUUUCCUGUCCCAGGACCCGCCAAAGGUCGACUAUGCGCUCCCAGACCUCGAAAGCAUCGCUCAACCUGUCCCAAGCGUCUCAGCCCUCGAUCCAGACAUAUUUGCCAACCUCCGUACCCUCUGGCACGGAACGAGCGACGCCGUCCUCAUUGACAGCCUCAUUAACAACGAGCGAAACUGGCAAAAGGGCAUCUACCACCUACUCGUUGACUAUCGAUCCCGCAAUCCGCAGGUGUACGACGAAGACGAGCAAGCCGUUGCGAAACUUCACAAGGAACGGAAACGUCGACGACAGCAACGUAAGCCUGUACAGAAUGACGGGGAUGCCGAUGACAUCCCUCCUCGUGCAGCUCCUCCCACACCUCGCAGCGCUUCCCGACACAACCGGCUUGGAAUCGACCUCUCCUUCGAUGAACUACUACCCCAUGCCAAGUCUUCAUCAUCGUCCCUAUCAGAACGAAAUGAAACAUCCCGUCCGACUCAUCUCCAACCCCCUCCAAUGUCUACCCAACGCAGCUCAGACUCUACCACUUCUGAAGGAACAUCUGUCAGUAGCACAACGGCCACCACCACCACCGCAACCAGCUCAUCCCUCCUCACCCCUUUCUCUCCGCUCUGGGAAACCCUAGAUCUACCCAAACUUACGGUUCCCAACACACAAGACCGCGAGAUGCAAACCUUUUUCAAUCACAUCGUGACGCAUCUCAAUGUUCUCCAAGCCAAGACGGCUUCUUCAGAGAUCAGCACAUGGGGUGCCUCGUCUUCUUUGGGUUCGGCGGCUUCAGGUGGAGGUAGUGAGAGUGGCACGAUCAAGAGUGGGAGGAGUGGUUUAAGCGCUUCGAGUGCAGCCGUGCCUAACGCGAGGAUGACGUCGGCUAGGAAGACGGGAGUGGAUCACGAAGACGGGUUCUUUCGACCAUCCCGACAUUCUUCGCCGAGAUUGGAUUCAUCUCUCAUUGCUCCUAUCCAGCAGAAAGGUAAAGGGAAGGAGAAGGCGAGCUUGCAUUUGCCGGAGGAAGGCGACGAAGAUGAUGAGGAUUCACUUGGCGAGGUUGAAGGACGACAGCAGUUGGGAGCUUCUACCGUGGAAGCGCUUCGGUACACCGAGACACAACCGCUCAGCGUGCGAAGCCAUUCCCGACGGGCUCUGUACCCUGUGACGCCCAGCCGCACCACCAACAAGGAGAACGAAGAUGUCCCAUUAGAUGCCUACCGAAGUAAUCUGACGAGGCAGGCUCUCGCCAACCACGCAAAGCGGAACCUUUCUACACCCAAAGCGAUUACGAUCGUCGAACCUCAACCAGUCUCCCAACGCAAACACAUCAGGCAAGGGAGUCGCAAACCCCCUCAAACACCAUUGUCUGCUCUGUCACCUCUAGACAACAGAGGGGUGGGAGGUCUGUCAUCAAGCAGCGCUUACGCCCACGGUUACACUUCCCCACCUCCACAUCCCUCUUCCACCGCGACUCCCAAACGCACCUGGAUCGACACAGUCUUUAAACCGAAAGCACCCAACUACACGCUCUACUCCCGUCGUGGCGUGCAAGAAACGCGCAAUGAAUGCCGCAGGCUGCUCAUGGACCUCGACCUUCUCGUCUCCAUCGAGGAGAACGAGCGGAUGGGCGUCCUGAAAUGCCGCUCGAUUGAAAUUCAGGACCCUUUCCGGGUACACAACGUGCCCAAAGCUAUCCGGUUCCGAGUAGAAGGUCAGAGGGCACCUUACAAUCUGGUGCAGUCGGGGAUCACAAUGUCGUUGUCCUUCUAUCAUGAGAAGGGGUCCUUUGAGGCGUUUCAGGAUAUCUAUCACUCGUUAAGGGCGAGAUGGGAUAUGGACAAGGUUGAGUCGGUGGCGGAAGGAGAUGAAGAUGAGAUGGAGGGGAUGACGAAGCUAGCGAGUGGUUUGUCUGCACUUUCGACGAGGGCCAUUGGGGGACGGCCUGCGAGUCAGGCGUAUUGA